AUGGCUUUAGAACGAGUUUUUGAAAUUUUGAAAAAGAGGUUUGCUGAUGGUGACGUCGACUCGCCUCUACAAUACAAGUACGUCAACCAACUCCAGUACAUCAUGAGCUCCAUAGGUGCCUGGCCUUACCAGCAGUUCGGGCGCCACAGACUUCAUACUAUACUAUUGCUGUAUAACCUCAUGCUGCAAGGCAUCUGUGCUCUGAUGUUCAUCCUCGGGGUGCUGUAUUGGCGGCAGAGGAAGGAAAAUAUGUCGUUUUUCGAUUCGGGACACAUAUUUUUGUGUAUGAUUUUUGAUCUUCUAGUUUUGCUAAGAUUACUGGUGGCUCGGACGAUAAAGUAUCAAGAAACUAUUAAAGAUUAUUUGCUUGAGUUCCACCUGUUCUACUUCAGGAAUCGAUCGGCUUAUGCUGCCAAGAUACACACACAGAUUCAUACCAUAUCGGGAAUAUUCAGUUUCUACGUCAUAUGUCAAAUGGCUCACGGCGUAGCAUUGUUUGUAUUCAUGCCUUGGUACAACAAUUUAAAAAAUGGCAUGUUUGGCAAGAACAGGCCUGAGAACAGCACUUUCGAGAAUUCAGCCUAUUACUAUCUACCAGAUGCCUGUUAUACGACUUUACAAGGUUACUGGAUAUUAUUCGCUUUUAAUUCUUUCACAUCCUGCAUCGUAACUAUUGGUCUUUUCGAAUUCGACCUUUUAAUCAGUCUGAUGGUUUUCCAAAUUUGGGGCCACCUUAAAGUUUUGAGACAUAACUUGUUAAAUAUGCCUCCGCCAGAAAACAGCUUAAAUGGAAUGUAUUCUAUAGAGGAGAAUAUCAAAAUCCGAGCAUUGCUGAAGGAAAUAUGUGAACAUCACAACUUGAUUAUAAAAUUCGUGAACAGAUGUUCCAACGCGUUCAGCGAGUACCUGUUCACGUUCUACCUGUUCAUGCAGUUCAUCACCUGCAUCUUGCUGUUGGAGGUAUCCUCGUUCACAGCAGACGCGCUGGCUAAGUACGGCCCCUUGACCAUCGGGAUGCAUCAGCAGUUAAUACAAGUGUCUAUACUUUUUGAAAUGUUGAACACAAAGAGCAAUCAGCUAAUCGACACCAUAUACACCAUACCGUGGGAGCAAAUGGAUACGAGGAACAGGAAAACAGUUCUGUUCAUGAUGCGCAGGAUCCAGAUCCCUGUCAGUUUGAAAGCUGGUGGAAUGGUGCCGGUCGGAGUCAACACUAUGAUGGCGGUUCUGAAGGGUUCGGUCACGUACUACAUGAUGUUGAAGGCUUUUGCUGGUGAACGGUAAAUUUGGUAAUAUAAGAGAAG